CGGAGAAGCGCUGCCGCCGCGGGACCGAGCAGGGCAUGUGGGGCGAGCAGCCAGUGCCGGAGGCGAUGGCGCGAUCGCCGAGCCGCGAGUCGUUCGGCACCGACCUGUCGCUGCUGUCACUGUCCAGCCUGGGCUCAGAGCGAGCGCGCGCGAGGCGCUGCCUGCUACAGGUGCCUGGCGACCUGCGGCGGCGGCGUCCCCUUUCGGGCGAGGUGCUCCUCGAGGAGGAGGCCGCGGCGCCACUGCUCAAGAGCUUCAGCACGGCCGACAUCGUGCAGGCGGCCGCCGCCGCCGAGCCCCUGCGCGCCAGCGUCUCCGAGCUGGCGCUCGCCGAGCUCCCAGCGCGCCUCGAGUCGCGUUCGUGCUCCACCUGGGUCGCCGUCGGGGACGUCGCCAGUUCGCAGCUGCCCUCGCCGCAGGCCUCGGAGGCGGCGGCGCUGGCCCCCGCCGACCUGGUGCGCUCGGUGAGCACCAAGGUGCGCCAGAUGUACAUCCGGCGCCGCCUGCUGUCCACGCACCGGGCCCUCGAGCGGCUCACCAAGAGCGAGCUGGACGUGAGCACGCUGCCGCGCGUGCACGUGACGGCCGACGCCAAGCUCACCGUGCGCGACGUGCAGCGUGACCGCGGCAAGCCGCUCACCAAGUACGAGCGCAACAUGAUGAUCUUCGACUGGCUCCAAAACCUCGACCGCUCGUAGUCUUUCCCGCACCAUUGCGUGGGAACUGCUGUUGUUCCGAGCCGGGCGCGCGAUUCUGCAAGCGGAUUACAUUGUCUGCCGCGCCGUGGAGAUUGAAUCCAGGUCGCGAAGCAAGUCUCAAGACAAAGCCGAAAGAUGCGGCUACGAUCGCACUCCCCGCUGGUGGCUGGGCCGUUAACGCCCGCGGCUCGUAUCGCAGCCUCCUUUCCAUGCACGCGCAAAGCCCUGCCCGCCUGCGGCUUCGGGGUCUCACAUUCAAAACCCACGGGCAACAGUGCGUGCACAUAUGGCUUUCAUCAAAUAUCUCGACUUCUGUGCACGGGACUGAAAGCUACAGAAGGGAUAAAUCGGUAAAAUUGUGGAACGGCAUAUAGCAAGACAUCCUAGACAGCGCUUCUGAAGCUUGGUGCUCCGCAAGAGUAGACCGUGUAUCUUGCUGCAAACAAGGACGACAGAAGAAUCCCGUAUCCCGUGCCGCGCCUCACCUCCCCCCCCACCCCCAAUAGCAACGAAGAACUAUUGCUUUGCGUGUCUCGCCCCACACUGUCUAAAGUAGUACAUAGAGAUCAUCACUAAGGCCGCAAUUUGCGUCAAAUUGAGCCCGUGGAAACUUUCGAGUGUUCAAGUUCCACACCUCAUGAACCAAAAUUAAGACACAGUUACAACUUUCAACGCUCACGAGGUCAUGGGCAGUAUUCAAAUUCAUAAGGGUGUUUGCGUACUCCUCGACUUCUCGCGACCCGCUAGAGGUACGGUAAGUCUAGAGUAUUUUCACUAGAUUAUCACUAGAUAUAACCUAGUUAUAAAAUGGACGAGGCAUAGAAAGGUCCGCAAGUAACAAUUGUUCGUUUUGCGUAUAUUCAACUUGACAGGAAUUCAUGAACAGAUGAUCAUGUUUGGCAACUCUUGAGCAUGAGAUACUUGUAAGCGGUGUCAACCAGCUCCAAGAUAAGCUACCACAGACUUUGGACAACGUCGUGGAGUAUAAUCAAACACAUUUUCUAAUUUAUCAGCGCUCAUCUGCUACAAAGCAAUACACAGGCAACCUUCUUUUUUUUCUCAGAGGACGCAGCAUAGCUUACAAAGUUCAAGUAGGAAGCGCAAAAAUCAGUUGAAUACAACUAUGCAUAGUAGAGCCGGACAACAGCCAUGCAGAAAAAAAAAAGAAAAAAAAUCAAUAGCGUAAGAGUCAGUUCGCGAAUGAGGAGCAAGAACGCUACAAUAAAACAUCGGAACUACUUAAUACAAAAGAAAAGACGGCAAAUGUAAAACCGUCGUAAGAAGGAUAGUACAAGAGGUUCACGAGUUGUUUUGACUUGAUGUUUAUCAACUAACAAGCCUUGACUUGAAGCGCUUCCUCAGCGACGUCUCUCGACUGAACUCCUGCAAAAAGGAGUUGCUUGGGUAACACCUUUCCAGUGCCUUGCAACAUACGCAGAAAGUGCCUGAUAAAACUGAUUGAUGCUUAACUACAAUGGCCGAAGAGCUGAGAGUCCUAUUUUCUGUAUGACAUUCAACAUAUCCGUUCGGCCUCAGAGCGAUCAAUCUGCGUUUAGGAGCCGACACAAAAAGCAAGUGAUAACGAUCGAGGGCGAAAAAAGAGAACCACUGCGGAGCGUUUACAGCGCCAGCAAAUGACAAACCAUGAGAGCGUUCUGGUCACGCUUUUUUUCAACACUGAGUGCGAUUCUGCAAUCGCAGCCGUCGUCCAGGGUGCACGGCUUGGCUGCGUGAGGUGCGUGGUUCGAUUCCCAUCGCUGGGCACCCACCGGCUUUUAGUAGCAGUAUCACUUACGACAGCGAUUAGUAGCAAUAUCUUUUAAGCAGGUGUGAACAAGGCCAUGGCGAACCCGAAGCAAAGAAGGCAUCAGACAGGUGUGCGUAAAACAGCCGUCUGUGACCUUUUAAUGGUUUUUGAAGUGCGUUAUUUCUCGAUCGGUUUGCGUGAGGGCAUGCUAUAGUUUACACAGUGAUUAUUACUUUCAUGGUGGGUAUGAAAAAUGUGUCGAUCACUUCACGGGGAUGUUUGUCCUAAUUAUGAAACGUUGUCAUGUUGUCGUUUGCAGUGAUGUUGUUAGUACGAUCAGCUGAAGUAAAUUGUUCCACGAAAAAAGUGA